AGAGAGACAAAUCGGGCGGGCCAACUGCGAGCCAAUUGAUUCGAACCAACGAGCGCCGAGAAAGCAACAGAGGGGGGAAAGAGGGAGGGAGAGAGAGGAGCGGCCAUGGCGACAGCGGUCAGCGGCCGGUGGACGCGCGUCCGCACGCUGGGCCGCGGCGCGUCGGGCGCGGUGGUGUCGCUCGCCGCCGUCGCGGCUUCGGGCGCGCUCUUCGCCGUCAAGUCCGCCGCGGCGGGCGCCGCCGGGGCGGAGCAGCUGCGGCGCGAGGGGGCCAUCCUCUCCGCGCUCCGCUCGCCGCACGUGCUCCCCUGCCUCGGCUUCCGCGCCGCCGCCGGGGGCGAGUGCCAGCUCUUCCUCGAGUUCGCGCCGGGGGGCUCCCUCGCCGACGUCGCGGCCAGGAGCGGCGGCGCCGGGCGGCGGUUGGGCGAGCGCGCCGUCCGGGCGUACGCGGCGGACGUGGCCAGGGGCCUCGCGUACCUCCACGGGCGCUCCCUCGUGCACGGUGACGUCAAGGCCGCCAACGUCGUGGUCGGCGCCGACGGCCGCGCCAAGCUCGCGGACUUCGGGUGCGCCAGGGCCGCGGGGUCCGUGCGGCCCCUCGGCGGCACGCCGGCGUUCAUGGCGCCCGAGGUGGCGCGCGGGGUGGAGCAGGGCCCCGCCGCCGACGUCUGGGCGCUCGGGUGCACCGUCCUCGAGCUCGCCACGGGGCGCGCCCCGUGGAGCGACGUGGGCGACCUCCUCGCGGCCGUGCACCGGAUCGGGUACACGGACGCCGUGCCGGAGGUGCCCGCGUGGAUGUCCGCGGAGGCCAGGGACUUCCUGGCCCGGUGCUUCGCGAGGGACCCGCGGGACCGGUGGGCGGCGGCGCAGCUCCUGGAGCACCCGUUCCUGGCGUCCGCCGGCAAGGCGGAGGAGGUCGCGGCGGAAUGGGUGUCCCCCAAGAGCACGCUGGACGCGGGGCUCUGGGAGUCCGAGUCCGAGUCCGACGACGAGGGCGACGUGCCGGAGAGCCCCGCCCGGAGAAUCAAGGAAUUGGCCGGCGCCUGCUCGGCCUUGCCGGACUGGGAGUCCGACGACGGCGAAUGGAUCCAGGUGCUCGGCGAGCAAUGUCAAGCCUGCAAUCUGGAGGAGGCGGCCAAGGAGAUGGCCGGCGAAGACAAGUGCCAGCUGCUGAGCGAAGCAUCGGAAACAGAGGUUGGUUUCAUCGACGCCGAUGCAGAGGGCGGCGUUGUUGAUCCUGAGUGUUCUGUAGCUGUAGGAUUAUUAGCUGUCCUGUCAGUUGGGCAGCAGGUAGAGCCGCGCAGCGGUUCUUGGAGUGAUCCAUCUGUAUUCGCUGUUGCACCCUCUCACAGAAUUGAAAUGUCAAAGCCAUUUUUACUGGCUAAUUCCUCCGUCCUCUGUUCUACAGUUCGCUCUGGUAGACCUGAUGACUAUCCGAUUCACAUUGGUCUACAAAAUCUAGAACUGCCGAACACCUUGUGCGAUGCGACGAUUCCAGAAACAUUGUUCUAG